ACUGAUUAGCGAAUGGGGAAAUUUGUUGUUUUAUGAGGAGGCAGAUUUACUUUCUACAAUUGAUAAUGAUGAUGAAUUUGAGAUGGAUGAUUUAUUAUUGAAUCAAACACAUCCUGCGUUAGACAAUACAGCAAAAUGUCAAAUAAAAAAUAUUUUUGUUGAUAAUCUGGAAAGAUAG